GCGCGGAGCGCGACGAAGCAGUCGCCAGGGAUAAUCCGGGACGGUACUAAUCGCUCUUCAAACGUGCACUGUUCUCACAGCAACGAAGGCCUCGUCACAUUCAUUACCGCCGUCAACAAAUUAUUCCACCACAAUUCCAGCCGAAUUGAUCAUUGCAUUGAGGAUACUCCAGAAGUUGUUGGAUCGACGUUUAUUAUGGAAGAUGAUGACGGUGAGGGUUCAAAUGCAGAAUCACAAGUGCUAACAGACAGUGAAUCAUUGAAAAUCCAUCACAAUUCAACGAGCGAGCGAUCGGACUUGUCUGACGAUGAGAAAGAGGAGGAGAAGGGUGAGGUAGUUGGUGAUGACGACGAGGAGGAAGAGGAGGAGGAAAUUUACCCCGAGAAUUUUCCAACGCGACUGCCAAAUCCAGUGUCACAUCCAGUGUUUAAAGGAUUCAAGAAGCGAAUAAUACAGGAGAAGCCAGCAGAGGAGCCCGGAGAGACUGCCAGUGACGAGAGGAGGGGGCCAAACUCUAGGAGAGGAAAAAUAACUGAGUAUGCUCAGUAUUUGGGUCUCCAGCCAGCAGCCAAGUACAAUAAAUGCUCAAAGUGCAAUGCCACCAAUAGUCAUCGAAAUCAGGGGAGAGACGAGUGUUUGUGCCAGUCACAAGUGGCUGUUGGCACACCAGAGACAUCCCCCACACCAAGUCCCAGUGAUAAUCACCCUAGUACCUCGAAAAUAACGAAUAACUUCAGGAUAACGAGAAAAGUUUAUCUGUGCGCAGCUUGUGGAACAUAUUUUGAAAAUUGGAAUCUCUUUCUCCACAUGAGGGACAUUCACAAACGACACAUUUGCCUGUUCUGCUUGGGAAUGUUUGGGCAGGCCGAGAGGUUGUCCCAUCACCUCGAGAAGAAGCACAGUGUAACGGAGAAGGCAUUCAGCUCAGUUGAGGAUUUUUACAAGGCCUUCAAGGGCUCCUGCUAUUUAAUCUGCUGCUCCUGCGAGAAAGUGUUCUCUGAAACUGAUAAUUUUUAUAAUCACUUUUGCCCCACGUCCCCGAGUGGAGAUAAAUCCCCCGAGGAGGAGGUUUGCAUGGUCUGUCGACACGUUGGAUCGCACGCUGUGACGUGCCAGCGUCACUCGGAGGUGAGUAAUUCUGGCAAGAGUGGGGUGAAGACAGGCUCUAAGGGGCUGAUUGCUAGAUCCAAAAACCACCGAGUGAAGAGGAGUGAGAAGCACAUGCUGACGUCGUACCAGAAAAAAUUGACGCAGCUUUACGAGAGAAAAAUGACCCUCAAGACGGAGAGAAAAUCCCUGGACUCUGCGCCCAGUGAACCCACGGUUUCCAGUGAUGUUUGUACUCCAGAAAUUCCCCAGAGUGUGGAGAAACCGGUGGAGCCCUGUUUGUCGAGGGACACUGUCGCCGAGACUAUUCUGCAGGUCUCCAAGCUCUCCCAGGAUCCCGAAGAGAGUUCUCCCCGCCCUGCCCCCCUAGAAGCCGAAAUUAUUGGCGAUAAACAUAAGGAGUCAGUGCAGGAGGUCGAGAGUCGAGAGGAGAGUAGAAAUAAUUGGGACAGUGUGACGGAGACCAUAAUGAGGGUAUCGCGUUUCGAGGCCCCUGAGCAACUGGAGUCUGAGAAAUUCAGCAGAGAUUGCCCAGGGGACAGAUUAAUCGAGCCCAGUGAUCAAGAGAUGCUGAUCGACGAGUCAAAUCCACGUGAGGAGGCCCCCCACGACCUCGACAGAAGAGACGAAUCCUCCUCGGACGAUGUUGACGACUACGAGAAUAACGAGAAUGACGAGGAGAGCCUCAAGAAACUGGAGUCAACCCCGAUGUCAGUCAGUAGAGUUAAUAGGACCAAAGGUAGCCUGGUGAUUAAAAUUUGUACAAAUAAAAAUUCUCACUACUCCGUCAGCACUCCGAACAUGAAUGGUGUUGACGAAUCCGAGGAUAAUAAUAAUGAGAGUGACUCUGACAACGACAGGUUGACAGUGGCCCUGAGUGACGAGAUAAAGAGGACUCGAGAGGACGUGGAGCCCUCAGAGGGUUUCAACGAAUUGGGGGAUGGGGUUGCUGAUGUUAGUGAUAAUGCAGAGAAUCCUUUGAGUCAGAGCGUGGAGGAGCCUGGGCUCCCCGAGGGCCAGAGGGAGGCGAUCCAGGAGAGGGAAGAGUCAGCCAAAUUAAAUAGCGGAAAUUUCGAGGGAAAUGCUGGAGUAGCAGGAGGCAGAGACAACAUUCAACUGGCUGGUGAGGAUGUACCUACGAUCGACCUUAAUGUCAACGAUCUCCUGGAGAGUCUGCCAGUGGUGGAUCUGCUGAAGGGCUGCAUCGAGGCUGCCAGCCCCACCUGCGUCUACUGCAAUCACGCCAGGCACAUCGCUGUCAACGCCAAACAGCUGGCCCUCCACAUGCUGGCUGAGCACAGAUUUCAGCCCCAACACCCUGCCAUCAUAAUCCAAGCCGAGCAGUUUGUCAACAGGGUGAGGAAAUCCAUCGACCAACUCGAUGGCCAUUACCUCAAUGCCGACAGUUACGACAGUGACAUUGGCACCUACAACGUACCCACAAUUCGCAUGUACGAGUGCUUCAACUGUCGGGUUGUCUCUCACAUACACAAGGACCUCUACUUGCACAAUCGUAAGAUGCAUCAGAAAACAAUAUUAAUAUGUGUUAUGUGUAAAUCAACGUUCUACAGUUACAGUGAAUUACUGUGUCAUCUGUGUCCUGGCAUUUACUCAGCGACAGAGACUGACAUGUCGACUCAAUCAUUAACUUCAUCAAUUUUAAAUCCAAGUAUUAAGUAUCGAUGCUGCAUUUGCACUAUUGAUCCUCUGCCCUCGGCAUUCAGGCUGAUGGUUCACCUCCGAAAACGUCAUCACGCCUGCGACGUUUGCCUCGAGCUGAAUGGCAAUCAGCAGAGGCUGUCCAAUCACGUGUGGAAGCACAAACUCCAGCAUCUCUGCUACAGGUGUGGCAUUGCCUACAGGAAUAAACCGGACAUUACGAAACACCUGUUCUGGAAACACGGGACUGAGAGCGUUUUGUGUAAGAAAUGCCUGCAGAAAAAGUGGCCUCACAUAUACCACUUUUGCAUUCCCCCAAGUGCUUUCAUCUGCGAGGAGUGCAACGUCAGUUUCUCCAGGGCUGUUGCCCUCAAGGUCCACAAGAGGCUGCACUCAAAGGAGGAGCCCUACACCUGUGCCGAUUGCAAUCAGAAAUUUAUAUCUAAAAAGUUGUUGAUGAGGCAUGAAGAGGAGGUGCACAGGCCUCCACCAGAGCCCCCAGAGCCACCAGCAGAGGUCGAUGACAAUUGUGGGAAUAAUGGGGAUGCCAAUGGGCUGCAGGAGGAGGGACUUGCUGAGGGUCUUCAUCAGAAAAGUGGGGCUGAGAGCUCGGGGAAUGAGAGUACAAUGACAGGGGCUUCAGGUCCAACGAGUGCAUCACAAAAUCAGGGGUCUGGGGCCAGCCCCACUGGCACGCCUUCAGGAACACCUGAUCUCCAUUCUGAAUCUCAAAGGUCUGAACCUGUACGAAAAGUCGUGGAUGUCUACGAUUUGCCACCCCUGAAUCUGUCGUCGGACAGUGAUUCUGAUGAUGACGAGAACGAUAAGUCAGAGGGGGUGAGCAGAAAUGAGAGGAAGGAGGAAGCUGAUGGCAUUGAGGAGACGAAAGACGAUAAAGGUGUCGAUGAAUCAGAGCCCAUUGACGAGCACCAGGAGCAGCAGGUCGACAUAAUGAACGGAAUUUGGGAUAAUUUCAAGUUCUACGCUACGACGACUGAGACUAAUCUCGAGGAGUUGGCCAAGAGUGAGGAGAAGAUCAUCGAGGCCAAGCAGAGGGAGCUUGUGAGCAUAAUAACAGCGGAUCACGACUACUGCGUUGUCUACGGUGACUCGAAGAUUGAGGAGGAGCCAGAGGAGGUCCAGAAUUCCCCGAAAACUGUGGAUCUAGAGGAGAAUGGCGUGACCAUAACUGACAGUGUGAAUGAGGCGGAUCAGGCAUUUCUCACUGAAGUGACGAUUAACGAGGUGAACGAGGUGUCGAUCCCAGCUGCUGUGGAGAGUGAUGCUGAGAGGAAAAAGGAGAAAUCGCCGAAGAAGAGGAACAGCAAUUCGUCGUCGAGCGACUCGUCGAGUGAUUCGGACUCGAGCAGUUGCUCCUGUGGGACCAACUGCAGUUGCAGCAGUUCGUCGUCGGACUCUUCGUCUUCAUCGAGCAGUUCCUCGGACUCUGACAGCUCGGCCUCGGAGUCGUCGCCCAAGAAGUCGGAGGGGCGAAAGAGGGAGCGCAAAAGGGGGAAAAAUAGUCAGCACAAACGCCCGAAGGAGGGGAUCGGUGAGAAUGAGGGAGCCAGCAGCGCUGUUAAUGAUGUCAAUGCUGAUGAGGAGGUGAUAAACGCUCACACGAUCGAGGAGCCCAAUGUGGUCGACGUCCAAGAGCAGUACGAAUUGCCAGUCUAUCCCUCGAUUUCACCUGCACCAGUGGUGCCACCAGAGAGACGCAAUGUGAUGCGAGAGUCUGACCUGGAGACCGAUGAAACGGAGACUGACGAGGACUUUUACGACGAGCACCCUCAGGAGUUGGCGAAUAAAUUGCUGGCGGAGAAGAGAAAUCAACUGCUGCAGCUGGCUAAUGUGGCAGCGCCGUCGGAGUCGUCGUCCACUGUGAAGAAUGGGGUAAUGGAGAAUGCCCUGGACAUUGAGAGUCAGACGAGUAGUAGAAAAAAAAUUAAAGUCAAGAAGAGGAAGAAGACGAGUGAGAGCAGGAGGGGGGCGAGGGCAGCGAGGGGGGCCCGAGGCACCAGGGGGAGACGACCGAAGUAUCCGGGGCCUCAGGUGGCUGGUGGGACUCACGUGGAGCCUCCGAUUAAGAUAAACAUUCCAAAGCAGAAAUUCAAUCGUCAGAAACAUCCUAAGAUACGGUUCUCUGCGGUGGUGCCACCGGUGAAUGCAGCUGGUCAGUCUGAGUAUUCGGUGAAUAAUUCGACGGCUGUUCAGACGAGUCAACCGUCGGGGGGAUAUUCCGGGGCCUCUGGUGCGUCGGGGACUGAAACCCCCGGGAGCGAGAGCAAGAGGGCCUCCAAGAGGAAACGUAUUCCAAAGAAAUUCUAUGGGGACUCCAGUGAUGAUGAACAGCAGAAUCAGUAUCCAAAGUGGCGGCGUAUUGAGAGCAAUCCUGGGAUGGUGGGGAGUCAGGGGGCUCAGCAGGGACAUCAGUAUGUGCCAACAAUAACGAUCAAGCAAAAUUUUGGUCCACCACUUCAAUCAAAAUGGUAUAAUGCCGAACAGCAGGCAAAUUUUGUGGUUUAUAACAAUGAAACAGCACCCAGUACACUUGGUGCAUCUGUCACAGAUACUGAAGGGGGAGUGGAUACCAGUAGCGAGUCCAGUGGGUCUGAGGCUGAACCAGCGACUCCACAGCCGUCCACUGAUAGUCAGCAACACGACAAGAGAUUGGAGAAUAAUUUCACUAUUCCAGGGCCAGCUGUCAGUGGAGAUAAAAAACAUCUUUAUUGCUAUUGUCAGUGUCCUUAUGACGAAGUUUCGGAGAUGAUUGCCUGUGAUGGAGGUCAUUGUAAGAUUGAGUGGUUUCAUUUUGAGUGUGUGGGGAUUAUGGUACCGCCCAAGGGCAAGUGGUACUGUCCGGAUUGUCGGAAGGACGAUCCUACACUUAAAAAUGACGAUUUCAUUGACUGAUGUUUGCCCAUUCUCGUUUAAACAAAUUUAAAGAGAUCAAGAUGUUUUUUUUUUCGUUGGUAGUUCUACCGGAGAUAUUCGAUUUCAUAUUUUAGUCCAUCCCCACGCCCUCUCCUUUUUUUAGUUAAUGAACAAAUUCGUUUAAACCAAUUCCAUUUUUUUUAUCGAGUACAUAUAGAUAUGUAUAUCUCUCAAAUCGUAAAACAAUGUUUGUAUAUAUGUGUAAAUAUUGAUAAUUGAUUGUAGAAUUUACUAUGCCAAGAUUUGAGAUGAAUUUUUAGUUUUAUUCUCAUGUAUAAAGAAAACAAAAAUAUGACUAAAACGAAAUGAAAAGAAAUGGAUAGAAAAACAGCCUUUUUUGUUUGUACUUGUUCUUAUUCUCAUCGAAAUUAUAUAUUAAACACUUUGAUCCUCGAUUGAAUUUGAAUUUUUACAUUAUAAGCAAAGUAUAUUUAAUUUUUUUCAUUUGGCUCUUGAGUUAUGUACUGUCUACACUGCUGGCAGUGUUAUUUUUUUCACCCUAUUGAUUUUCAUUGAUUCGUAAUUCACUGUUUAGAAUUAAAAUGUUUAGCACAAAUUUCACGUUUUAUUCUAUUACUCUUGGUUUUAGUUUUAUGGAGAGAACAUAGUUGUUUGCGUGUACAUAGACAAAUUUCAUCAUGAUUUUCGGUAAUAACUGAUUGAGGAAAGAAUCAUAGUACCUAUUUAAAUUUUAACCACUAAAAUAAAUUGAAAUUUAUAAUGACAUUAGGUUUUAUUAUUCUCAAAUUUGUAAUAAAGGUGUAAGAUAGUAAUACAGAUGAAAGCUAAAAUUCUCGUACAGGAGAAUGGUAAACCUGAUGUAACAGAAAUUUUUCAUCCCCUCGACAGUGACUUUAGCCUUCUCCCCCGUCUACUCAACAACUAUUGUACAUUUCUAAAGACGCAAUGCAUAUAAAAAAUAUAUAACAGCAAUUCUGUGAAAAUUCUGCGAAAGAGAGAGAGAGAGAGAGAGAAAGAAAAAAAGUUAAGACAAAAUCUUUAAUUUUACAAAAUAAAGAAUUUCGUUUCAAUACUUUUUGUGACGGUUUUAAUGAGAAAAGAAAUUUAUUGAAACUCAUUUGCAUCUGUUAUUUUCCUAGCUGCAGCAGCUCUGGGGGGUUGGAUCCAGCCCCGAGCUUUUCGUUAUAAAAACUCGAGUGAACUCUUCGGCACUCGUUGGAUGAAUUCCGACUGUUGAUUUCAGUUGUGGGA